AUGGCGUCCUCCUCAUCGGUGCUCCUUGUGGUGGCGCUGUUCGCCGUGUUCCUGGGCAGCGCGCACGGCAUCGCAAAGGUGCCCCCGGGCCCCAACAUCACGGCCGAGUACGGCGACAAGUGGCUGGACGCGAAGAGCACCUGGUAUGGCAAGCCGACCGGCGCCGGUCCCAAGGACAACGGCGGCGCAUGCGGGUACAAGGACGUCGACAAGGCGCCGUUCAACGGCAUGACCGGCUGCGGCAACACCCCCAUCUUCAAGGACGGUCGUGGCUGCGGCUCCUGCUUCGAGAUCAAGUGCACCAAGCCCGAAUCCUGCUCCGGCGAGGCUGUCACAGUCACAAUCACCGACGACAACGAGGAGCCCAUCGCACCCUACCACUUCGACCUCUCGGGUCACGCGUUCGGGUCUAUGGCCAAGAAGGGUGAGGAGCAGAAGCUCCGCAGCGCCGGCGAGCUGGAGCUCCAGUUCAGGCGGGUCAAGUGCAAGUACCCAGACGGCACCAAGCCAACGUUCCACGUCGAGAAGGGUUCCAACCCCAACUACCUGGCUAUUCUUGUGAAGUACGUCGACGGCGAUGGCGACGUCGUGGCGGUGGACAUCAAGGAGAAGGGCAAGGAUAAGUGGAUCGAGCUCAAGGAAUCAUGGGGAGCAGUCUGGAGGAUCGACACCCCCGAUAAGCUGACAGGCCCAUUCACCGUCCGCUACACCACUGAGGGCGGCACCAAAUCCGAAGUCGAGGACGUCAUUCCUGAGGGCUGGAAGGCUGACACCUCCUACUCGAGCAAGAAGUGA